UACUGGGUCAGGUCAGAGAAGCAAUGCUGAACUGAAAAAUGUGCGUGUGUAGGACAAAGUAGAAGAGCUUUAAUAUAAGUUAAACUUUAAUUCUGAAGAAGUUUGAGUUUUUCUGCCACCUUCUUAAUUUUAAGAGCACUGUAAUUAAGUAAACAGCCAUGAACGAGUGCCUGUUUCACAAUCUCCUCGAUUUAAGGAAACACUAAAACAAAGGAUUCAGUGUGAAUGUAUGUUGACCUGAAGACUGGUGGUAACGUGGAGUAACUCUGAAACCUGAGAAGUGGAAUACCUCCUUUAUUUGUUGCAUACAUUAUUAACCCAUGGUUAGCAUGUGUUUUUUGUAGGCAGUAAACUUUUACAGGCUGGAUUACAAUUAAACAAUGGACAGUUACUUUAUUGAGGGAACUCUGGUCUGGUUACGAGAAAAUGAACAGCACCUUCCAAGUACUGUUUCAAGCUGUGCAGGUGGAGUGAUCAACUUCACUACAGACUAUGGCCAGGUGUACACUUAUAAACUAAAUGCUUUAACCAGGGAAAAAGUAGUGGUCAUGCAUCCAACUAGCAUUGAGGGCGUUGAGGAUAUGGCAACCUUGGCAGAACUGCAUGAAGGGGCAAUCAUGCAUAAUUUACACAUCCGCUACAAGCAGGACAAUAUCUACACAUACAUUGGCUCCAUUUUGGUGUCGGUGAAUCCCUACAAACCAAUUUCUGGACUUUAUGAUAAAGUCACGAUGGAACAAUACAGCAAGUAUCAUUUGGGAGAAACAGCACCUCACAUUUUUGCCAUUGCAAACGAGUGUUAUCGCUGCCUUUGGAAACGUAACGACAAUCAAUGUGUCCUCAUAAGUGGAGAAAGUGGUGCUGGAAAAACAGAAAGCACAAAACUUAUCCUGAAAUAUUUAUCAGCAAUGAGCCAACAUUCCCUUGAUGCAACAGCGAAGGAAAAAAUCUCCAAUGUUGAACAGGCUAUUUUGGAAAGCAGCCCCAUUAUGGAAGCAUUUGGUAAUGCGAAGACUGUCUACAACAACAACUCCAGUCGAUUUGGGAAGUUCAUUCAGCUGAACUUCUGUCAAAAAGGCAAUAUUCAGGGAGGCAGAAUCAUAGAUUAUUUAUUAGAAAAGAACCGUGUAGUCAGACAGAACCCCGGGGAGAGGAAUUAUCACAUUUUCUAUGCAUUGCUGGCUGGAACAGAUAAAGAGCAGAAAGAGAUGUGUUAUUUGUCUGAAGCAGAGAAUUAUUAUUACUUGAGACAGUCUGGAUGUAUUGUGGACAGUACAAUUGAUGACCAACAGACCUUUCAGGAAGUCAUGACUGCCAUGAGAGUCAUGAAGUUCAGUACCGAAGAGACUCGGGAGGUGCUGAAGCUACUCGCUGGUGUGCUACAUCUUGGGAAUGUUGAAUUUGUAACUGCUGGAGGGGCACAGGUUUCCUCAAAAAUUGCAUUGGGGAGCGCAGCAGAGUUGCUUGGGCUGGACACCAUGCAGCUCACAGAAGUGCUGACUCACCGGUCCAUGAUUCUCAGGGGUGAGGAGAUCAGCACACCACUCACGGUAGAGCAGGCAAUAGAUUCCAGAGAUUCAAUGGCCAUGGCACUUUACUCACAAUGUUUUGCAUGGAUCAUUAGAAAAAUCAACAAUAGAAUAAAAGGAAAGGAGGACUACAGAUCUGUGGGUGUCCUGGAUAUAUUUGGAUUUGAAAACUUUGAGGUAAAUCGAUUUGAACAAUUCAAUAUCAACUAUGCAAAUGAAAAGCUUCAAGAAUAUUUCAACAAACACAUAUUUUCUUUGGAACAGCUGGAAUACAACAGAGAUGGAUUGGUCUGGGAAGAUAUUGAUUGGAUGGACAAUGGGGAAUGUUUAGAUCUCAUUGAGAAGAAAAUGGGCAUUCUAGCCCUGAUCAAUGAGGAGAGUCAUUUUCCAAAGGGCACGGACAGUACUCUGCUGGCAAAGUUGCACAGUCAGCAUUCGAACAAUCCCUUCUAUGUGAAGCCCAGAGUCAUUGAUCAUUAUUUUGGAGUGAAGCACUAUGCUGGAGAGGUUUUAUAUCACGUAAAGGGAAUCCUAGAGAAGAACAGAGACACAUUCAGACAUGAUGUACUGAACUUGUUACGUGAAAGCAGACUGGAUUUCAUCUAUGACUUAUUUGAGCAUGCAUCAGGCAAGAACAAUGAAGACACACUUAAAUCUGGAACCAAACAUCGGAAGCCAACUGUAAGCUCUCAGUUCAAGAACUCUCUUCAUUCAUUAAUGGCAACAUUAAGCACGUCAAAUCCAUUCUUUGUCCGAUGCAUCAAGCCCAAUGUUCAGAAGAUGCCAGAUCAGUUCGACCAAACAGUUGUACUAAACCAGCUGAGAUAUUCAGGAAUGUUGGAAACUGUGAAAAUACGACGAGCUGGAUUCCCAGUCAGGAGGCAAUUCCAGAACUUCUAUGCAAGAUAUAAAGUCUUGAUGAGGAACCUUUCUCUACCUGAUGAUUUAAAAGGAAAGUGUGCUGCAUUACUUUAUUGCUAUGAUAACACUAAUACAGACUGGCAGCUGGGGAAAACAAAGGUUUUCAUACGAGAGUCCCUUGAACACAGAUUGGAGAAACAACGUGAAGUUGAGGUUUGCAAAGCUGCUAUGAUGAUACAGGCUCAUGUCCUUGGCUAUCUGGCAAGGAAACAGUACAAAAAGAUUCUUGGCAAGGUUAUCAUAAUUCAGAAAAAUUAUCGAGCUUUCUUCUGGAGGAAGAAAUUCCACCAUGUACGGAAUUCCACAAUAAUAUUGCAGACACACCGACGAGGUCAGCUGGCACGCAGACACUAUAAACAACUACUUGAAAAUAAAAGACGGGACGAAGAGGUGCAGAGAAAGAAAGAGCAGGAAGAAAGGGAAAGGCAAAAACAAGGAGCAGAACUCCUCAUACAACAGGCUGAGGAAGCCCAAAGGCAACAAGAACAAGCAACCAUCCUGGAGGUUCAGAAGAAAGCAGUACAAAAUAGCCAGCUGGAAAAGCAAGAGAACAGGCAAGUGGAGGAGAUUCUGAGGCUUGAGAGAGAGAUUGAAGAGCUUCAACGUCAAAAAGAGCAGCAUGAAUCAACACUCACCGAGAGGUCACUUAUACAACUCCAGCAACUUCGAGAUGAGGAGUUAAAGCGACUGGAAGAUGAAGCGUGCAAAGCAGCUCAGGAGUUUUUGGAAUCCCUGAACUUUGAUGAAAUUGACGAAUGUGUCCGCAAUAUUGAAAGAUCUCUUUCUGUUGACGGUAAAUACAUGUUGCAUACCUCAACUGCACCAGACCCUGUUAGAAAGCCUAUCUUUAAUUUUAGCCAACCUUACCCUGAAGAAGAGGAAGAUGAGGGCUUUGAUGCCGAUGAUGAUGCAUUUAAGGACUCACCAAAUCCUAGUGAGCAUGGCCAUUUUGAUCAGCGUACUAGUGGAAUCCGGACAAGUGAUGACUCAUCAGAAGAAGACCCUUACAUGAAUGAUGCAAUGGUGCCUAUGAUUGCAAGUGCUGAGAGUACUGCUUUGGUCAUCACUGCUCCAGAUCCUAUAAGCCACAGCAAAUUAACAAGCAAUGAUUCUACCUACUGCAUACCUGAACAGGUAGAUGAUGGACAGGAAAAGUCUGUUGAGCUCAUUCCUCCAGAUGAAGAAUCUGAUUAUGAUCAGGAUGAUUAUGAAGAUGGAGCCAUCACAUCAGGCAGCAGUGUAGCCUUCUCAAAUCCUCGCAGCAGCCAGUGGUCACCAGACUGUCCAUAUCGUUAUUCUGUAGGGACCUACAAUAGUUCUGGAGCAUAUAGAUUAAGCUCAGAAGGGCCACAAUCAUCCUUUGAAGAAAGUGAUGAUGAUUUGGAUUCUCGAUUUGACACUGACGAAGAGCUGGCUUACCGACGAGAUUCUGUUUACAGCUGCGUCAGUCUGCCAUAUUUUCACAGUUUCCUGUUCAUGAAAGGAGGCCUGAUGAACACAUGGAAACGCCGAUGGUGUGUUUUAAAGGAUGAAACAUUCAUGUGGUUCCGUUCAAAACAAGAAGCCUUAAAGCUGGGAUGGUUGCACAAGAAAGGUGGUGGCACAUCAACCUUAUCAAGACGCAACUGGAAAAGGCGCUGGUUUGUUCUACGAGAGAGCAAGCUAAUGUAUUUUGAGAGUGACAGUGAAGAAAAGCUAAAAGGGACCAUUGAUAUCAGAUCUGCAAGGGAGAUUAUUGAUGACACUGGCAAGGAGAAUGGCAUUAAUAUAGUAAUAGAAGAUCGCAUCUUCUACCUUAUUGCUGAGACAGCGGAAGAUGCCAGCCAGUGGUUUAGCGUCCUCAGCCAAGUUCAUGGAUCAACUGAGCAAGAGAUUAGAGAAAUGCAUGAUGAGCAAGCAAACCCACAUAAUGCAGUGGGUACAUUGGAUGUAGGUAUGAUCGACUCAGUCUGUGCUUCUGAUUGUCCGGACAGACCCAAUUCAUUUGUGAUUAUUACUGCAAAUCGCAUCUUGCACUGCAACGCAGAUACACCAGAGGAGAUGCAUCACUGGAUAACAUUACUGCAAAGGGUCAAGGGAGACACAAGAGUGGAAGGUCAGGAGUUCAUUGUCAGAGGAUGGCUACAUAAAGAAGUAAAGAAUGGUGGGAAAUCCAAUUCCUUGAAAUUGAAGAAGCGUUGGUUUGUACUGACCUAUAAUUCACUAGAUUACUACAAGAGCUCUGAGAGGAACAUAGUCAAGCUGGGAACCCUGGUACUGAAUAGUCUCUGUUCUGUCGUGCAGCCUGAUGAAAAGAUUUUCAAGGAAACCGGAUAUUGGAAUGUCACCAUAUAUGGUCGUAAACAUUGCUAUCAUCUCUACACAAAGCUUCUGAAUGAGGCGACAAGGUGGGCAAAUGCCAUCCAAAAUGUUAUUGACACCAAAGCACCCAUCGAUACACCCACACAGCAACUUAUUCAGGAUAUCAAGGAAAACUGCCUGAAUAUUGAAGUUGUGGAACAAAUCUACAAAAGGAACCCAAUUCUGCGUUAUACACAUCAUCCUCUGCACUCGCCACUUCUUCCACUACCAUAUGGAGACAUCAAUUUAAAUUUGCUAAAAGAAAAAGGCUACACAACUCUACAGGAUGAAGCCAUCAAGCUCUUCAAUUCUCUACACCAAAUAGAAUCUGCUUCUGAUCCGAUUCCCAUAAUACAAGAUAUUCUGCAGACUGGGCAAGAUCUGCGACCUCUACGGGAUGAGCUCUACUGCCAACUUGUGAAACAGACAAACAAAGUGCCUCAGCCAGGGAGCGAGUGCAACUUGCGCUGUUGGCAAUUACUUACCUGCAUGAGCUGUACAUUUGUGCCAAGUCGCACUAUUCUACGAUACCUCAAAUUCCACCUCAAAAGGAUACGAGACCAAUUUCCAGGAGAGUUGGAGAAGUAUGCAGUAUUCGUAUAUGAAUCAGUGAAGAAAACUAAAACCAGGGAGUAUGUGCCUUCUCGGGAAGAAAUAAUAACCUUGAUCAGCAGGCAAGAAAUGACCUCUACAGUUUAUUGCCAUGGAGGAGGUUCCUGCAAAAUCACAAUUAAUUCUCAUACGACUGCAGGGGAGGUUGUUGAGAAGUUGAUUCGUGGACUGGCCAUGGAGGACAGUAGAAAUAUGUUUGCUCUUUUUGAACAUAAAGGUGCUAUCGAUAAAGCAAUUGAAAGCAGAACAGUCGUAGCUGAUGUUUUGGCAAAAUUUGAGAAAACUGCUGCCACUUCUGAAGAUGAUGACUCAUGGAAAUUCUACUUCAAACUCUACUGUUUCCUUGACACUGAUCAUGUACCAAAAGACAGUGUGGAAUUUGCCUUCAUGUUUGAACAGGCUCACGAGGCUGUUAUUCAUGGUCACUAUCCUGCCCCUGAAGAAACUCUUCAGUAUUUUGCUGCCUUGCGACUUCAGUUCCUGCAGGGAGACUAUACCUCACAUGUUACUGUACCAGAAAUGGAAGAGGUAUUCCCAGUGGAGAGAUUAAAGGCACGAAUCACACAGUCAACCAGGACCUUUGCUCCUUCUGGUGACAGGAAUGACAAAAAGCGAUCCAGCUUCUUGGAAGGAACAUUGAGGCGGAGCUUCCGAGGUGGUUCUGUUAGCAGGAUGAAAUAUGAGGAUGAGCAGAUGAUUGACAUGUGGGUUAAGGAGGAAAUUUCAUCAGCUAGAACCAGUGUUAUUGAUAAAUGGAAAAAGAUGCAAGGAAUGACCCAAGAACAGGUCAUGGUCAAAUACAUGGCUCUGAUCAAAGAUUGGCCUGGAUAUGGCUCAACUCUAUUUGAUGUGGAGUGCAGAGAAGGCGGUUUCCCACAAGAACUCUGGCUGGGAGUCUGUGCUGAAUCAGUCUCUGUGUACAAGCGCAGAGAGGCCAGACCACUGGAGACAUUCCCAUAUGAAAGCAUCCGGUCAUUUGGAGCUCCUCAGUCAACCAUGUAUAAAAUUGUGGUGGAUGAAAGGGAGUUGCUCUUUGACACGGCAGAGGUGGUGGAGCUUGCCAAACUCAUGAAAGCUUAUAUCAGUAUGAUUGUAAAAAAGCGGUACAGUACUUCAUGUUCAACAAGCAUUCGGGGCAAUCAAUGCAGCAGCCAUUGGGAGCUCGCUUGAACUGCAGUGCCACCUGCAGUUUUAUGCAGUAUUUCACAUCAUUUACAAUCUCAGGAUAUCCCAAAGCAUUUUCUGAAGUGUAGCCAAUGUGGUAAUGUUGUAAAUGGUAUUGUCAUGUUAGUUUGUGUUUGAAUACUGGUUUAUAAAAUAUACUUUAUGUAGUGCCAGAUUACUGUUGAACUGUCUUGUAUUGAAGCCUAGGAAGGUGGAGCAAAGCAAAGUAGCAUCACAAAUAGACCCAAUUCCUGCACCGAAAGGUAAAUUUUUCCAUCAGCAAGGGUUAGCCCCAAGUUACUUCCUAGAUAAUGAUAGUCAGUAGUUUUUUUUUAAAAACCACCAGCAUGAUUAUGCAUUUAUUUUUCUCCCCGUAAAUUAGUUUCCACUAAUGAUGUAAGUAAAGGUUGAAUUCAUCCUAGUCUGUAAAUAUGUUGCAGUAUUUUCGAUAAGGUACAAAAUUUAAUUGUAUCAAUAAAGUGCUUUUAAAAUAUAUUAAUACAAUUCACAUCAGGAUCAACAAAAAAAAGUGAUCACCAAACGAUCACAGUGUAAAAUUAAUAAACAAGAUUUCACUUAUUUUUGUAUUUUAAUUUAACAGUGAAAUCAAAUUACAGUGGAUACAACAAAAUUAGAUCUUGCUUUAUUCCAAGGCUGCCUGCUGUUAAUUCGUGGUGAAUGUUCCAUUGCAAUUAUGUUGAUUAUGCGCUCACAUGUAGGUUAAGAACAGGCAAGGAGAUGAAUGUUCAAAAUUCUAAAGGCACAAAAUAUCAAAUGUAGCCACUACUAUACCCUAGGCAAAUCUCCAAAAAUGGUGCUGUUUCCAAAUAAAGUAGUAUUUGUAGCUGCAGAUGAAUGUCAAUGUUUACACAAAAGCAAACUGUCCCAAACAAACUGGCAGUUUCACUAAGUGACAGAUAUCCUGAUGACCCUGGCUUUUUUUCCCCAAAUCUAAUGGAGAAAGAGGACACUCUCCACCAUAGCCUGAGUACCGUACCAUCACAAUGAUGGCCGAUCUAUGAGGGCCACCUCAUUGUCUCUUUUUAAAAAUGUUGUAACAUUUUUUGCAACAUUAAAGUACCAGAUGUUCCAAGUGUAACAGUUUUACAUCCGAUACAUGGCAUCAGGACCUCUAUUUACAACCAGAACAUGUCUCUUAAUUGCUGUAAAUAGUAAUUAAAUCCAUAUUCCCAGUGUGUACAUUGACUUACGCAUUGACUACAUAGCUUUGCAGCAAUCUAACAAUAUGGACUUUCAUCAUAAUGUUUUAGAGGGCCAUGUUAUUGUUAGUUGAAGCACAACUUUUACUUACCUUGGCCCUCUUGACCCUUUUUAGAUUAUUGCCACAGGCAUGACGUUGAGUUACCAGUCAGGUUGUUAAUGGGUGGGGAUGCACAGCUACAUUCAUCUCAACGAAUCCACUUGAAAAUGGCAGAAUAUCGGUCAUUUUCCCAAAGGCUGGUGAUCUGCAGUGACUAUUGAAUUCUUAUAUUUGUGAUUCUGUUUCAAACAAUUCUAUUUAAGGAAUAUUGUCUUGAAUUUGGUAUAUGAGCAGUUAAUGUAUUCAUGUCAAAUUUAUUUGUCCUGUGUCCAUUUUUUAGUAGAAUGUUUAAAUUAGAUUUCAUUGUCUGCAGGACUGGAAAAAGAAAUAUGUCAAAAUGCUGGCUGAAACAAAAAUUUCUGGCUGGAGUAACAGCAAUAAAUGAUAGAUGUGCUUCACUCAC